CAACAUUGCCUUUAUUUGUGCCCCCCAGUUUCUUCUGUACAAGCUCAUGUUUCCAGUGCAGUCUCUGACCUUGUGUUCCUUCCAACUCAGUCGAUGGCUGUAUCUGUUCUCUUUGGGGCUGGCAGUGGUGGGCUUGAGGCUGAAUCUGGAGGGACUCGUCGCGCCUCACUCAGGAGGAAGCGGUGAGGAGCCUUCACCUUUCCCAAGCAGCAGCCAGCAAAGAGACACAGUGUUUUUCACUGCUUCUGGACCGAGGAAACACAUUUUCACUUCCUUAAUGCUGACGGCAGCUUGGCUCGAGUUGGACAUUGGCUUUUCUGUGGAUUUACAGGGAGGAGAACAGAUGUAUAAUAUCUAUCCUGUAAAUGCUGGAUUGUUCAAUAAGAUAAUCCUCCUCUCUGAGCACCAGGGCAGAGGCAGUAGGUCAGUCAGAGAGGUACAGCAUCUGGCUGCAGCAGUCUCCGUGCCUCCCCUGAUCCAUGAGGACAGGGCCACAGAUCUUACUGUUUCUACAAGGACCAAACAUUCUGCGCAGGGCAGGACAGCAAAACGACUGUGAAGCCCCUCUGACAUGUUAGAGACAUGGGCAGUACUUGAUGGGGGCUGAGUAGGGAACCCUGAAGAUGCUCCUGCUGCAGGAGUGUGAAGGCUGAUGAGUAAAAGCUGGGGCUGCCCCACGCUUGGGCUGUGCUCGGAGAUGGCUCAGAGCGUGGGGAAGGGAGCAGGAAAGGCUUUGAGAUAGAAGAGACAUAGGAUCAAGUAACAGGUGGAUCUGGGAGCCUCUGUCUUCCAGUAAGCAUUGACAAGUGAGCUGGAGGCAUAUCUGGGAUCCAGGGGGAAUAUCCACCUGGAUCCACAGUAAUUUGCUCCUUUGCCCCCUCUGCCUCUGAGCUUGGAUUUGUAGCACAAUACUUCUGUGCUGUCCUACACUUGCUGUGUUAGAUGGGGAGUGAAAGUGUCUUUGGAGGGGCUGUCACCUCCCUUUGCUGAAGGGCAUGACGUGGGGUGAAUUUUGGCUGUUGCAUUCAGCAGUUAUGGCAUCUGCUUUUUGGCUUGCCUGCAACAGAAGGCGGCAGGAGCUUUGCCAGCUCCAAAUGGUCUGCAGGGAAACAGCUUGAGCCUUUGCCACGGUCAGAGGACACGCGUGCAGCACUGUGACUGUCUUGAGGACUCACACCGGUCAAACUCGGUCAUGGAUCUCUUCGGAGAACCACGUUGCAGCAAGGCGAGAGCCUGGGCAUGGUCACGCCAGGGCAAAGAGCCUGCUGGGGACAGCUCGGGUUGAUGAAAAUGGCUGAUGGCAAAGAGGACCCCGCCAUGUUCACCUCCACUUCUCUGCCCUCAGACCCACGGCUGCUGGCUACGGUGACUAAUGCUUACCUGGGCACCCGUGUGUACCGGGACAUCCUCCACAUCAACGGCGUGUACAACGGGGCGGUGGGAGACACGCACCGUGCCGACAUCCCCAGCCCCGUUAAUGUUAGGAUGAUGGUGCCUGGUGCGGACAGCCUGGCUGAGACCUUCACCUUGAACACCCGGACGGGAACCUUCAGCCAUGUGCUUCAGGCAACAGAUUAUGGAGCCACCCAUCAGAUCUAUGCUCACCAUUCCCUUGUCCACUUGAUGGCCUUCAGCAUCACCAUCUGGCGAUCAGCUCACACCACCCAACCCAUCACGGUCCAGCUCCAGACUCCUUUUGUGCCAAAGAGCCAGGACUUGGACCUGAACCAAGGACCAGAUUUCCAGGGAGCACACUACAUCUACGGGAAGACGUGGGUUCCUGAGGUGGACGGGGGACCCUGUCCCACAGUUCACAUGCUCUGGACUCCCGUGCCGCAAACCUUGACGUUGCGCGGGGAGGAGUGGGAACGAUCCUGGGAGUUCCUGAUGGCCGUGGCCGAGAGCGAAGAGGAGGCGAAGAGGAGCUACAGUGAAGGGCUGGCCCUCAUCGCUGCUGGCUCCCUGCACUCCUCCCACGUCCAUGCGUGGGCCAUGCUGUGGCGAGGCUGCUGCAUAGACCUGGAUGGACCUCUGCCUUUGAGGCAGGCCCUCUACGGGUGUCUCUACUACCUGCUGAGUGCCAUCCCGCCCCGGGGAAACCCGGGCUUCCUCUUCCACGGCAUCAGCCCUGGCGGCUUGUCCAACGGCACUCAGGGCGAGGACUACUGGGGGCAUGUCUUCUGGGACCAGGACACCUGGAUGUUCCCAAACAUUCUGCUGUUUUAUCCUGAAGCUGCCAGAGCCAUCCUGGAGUACCGGAUUCGCACUCUGGAAGGGGCCUUACGCAAUGCACAGGAGCAAGGCUACAAGGGUGCUAAGUUCCCGUGGGAGAGUGCAGCCACCGGCCGGGAAGUCUGCCCUGAAGAGAUCUAUGGAGCCCAAGAAAUCCAUGUCACUGGGGAUGUUUUGAUGGCCUUUGAGCAGUAUUAUUGCACCACACAGGACCAGAAGCUGUUCAGGGAGGAUGGAGGCUGGAAGCUGGUGGAUGCUGUGGCUCAGUACUGGUGCAGCAGGAUGGUAUGGAGCGAGGAGGAGCAGUGCUACCACAUAAAAGGUGUCAUGCCCCCAGAUGAGUAUCAUUACCGGGUUGAUAACUCUGUUUACACCAACGCCGUGGCCCAGCGGAGCUUAAAUUUUGCAGCUGAUAUUGCUCGGGACUUCUUGAUCCCUGUGCCAGAGGAGUGGGUGGACUGUGCAAAGAAAAUCAAAGUGCCCUUUGAUGCAGAGAAGAAAUAUCAUCCCGAGUACGAUGGUUACAGCCCAGGUGAACCUGUGAAACAAGCUGACGUUGUCUUGCUUGGAUUCCCACUGAUGCACCCCAUGAGCUCUGAAGUCCGGAGAAAUGACCUGGAGAUGUAUGAACCCGUCACUGAACUGGAUGGGCCAGCCAUGACCUGGAGCAUGUUUGCAGUGGGCUGGCUGGAGCUAAAGGAGGUGCAGAGAGCCCAGAGCCAACUGAACAAGUGUUUCAGCAACAUCACAGAGCCCUUCAAGAUCUGGGUGGAGAACUCAGAUGGGUCAGGAGCUGUGAACUUCUUGACCGGGAUGGGUGGAUUCUUGCAAGCUGUCCUCUUUGGCUACACAGGGUUCAGGAUCACAAGGUCCAGCCUCCGCUUCAACCCUGCCCUUCCCAAUGACAUCAACAAGUUGAAAGUCACCGGUGUCUCCUACUUUGGCAACAAACUGAAGUUCACCAUCGCCAAAGAAGAGAUCAGGAUCAAAGUGAUCGAGUCUCGCCAGGACCCUCUGGCACCUCCCCUGGAAGCUGUGCUGGAGGAGUCGGGGCAGCGGUUUCCCCUGCGUGAAGGGCAGAGCAUCUCUAUCCCCAUGGCAGCCGGCUGGAUUCAGAGAUCAUCCACUGAGAUAUUUUAAACCUUGGCUGAUCCGGGUUUUACCCACCGAAGAAGCACAAACAACUUGAAGAAUGGAUGUCGGCGGAGGGGGAAGGUAAAGGUGGUGUGGGAAAGGGGCAGUCCUAGGCUGUGCCAUAAACCCUUUGCCCCCA